AAAACCCAAUAACAAUAAAAUAAAAAAUAAAAAAUAAAAGUCCUAAAUUCCAAACCGAAAAACACAAGAACGAAAACAAAAACGCAGAGAUCUUUGCAGUUUUGGUGCGGUCGGGUUGGGGUGGGUUGGGAUCGAUGAAUACGACGGCGUACAUGGACAAGCAGAUAAUGGAUCUGUCUCUAUCACCGACGCAACAUCAACAACAGAGCAAGGACUUGAUGGAUUUGAUGAACCAUGAAGAGUUAGAACAACAACAACAAAAUGGUAAUGAUGAUUAUAAUGCAAACAUUAAGAAAGAGGAGAUGGUUCCCAGCUACGAUUUCCAGCCCAUUCGUCCUCUCUCCUCUGAUCAAUCCGCUCGCCCUUGGACUUCCUCCUCCUCCGAUUCCAUUCCCAUUUCUUCCAAGCCCGCCGCCACCACUCCUAUUCGAAAUUAUGGUUCUUUGGAUUCCGGUGAACUGGCAAAAUUCAUGCAAGAGAAGGAUCGAAUUGUCUUUGAUGCUACAAUUAUGUCUGAGAUUGAUCAGACAAUGAAGAAACAUGCAGAUAAUUUGCUACAUGUGUUAGAAGGUGUUAGUGCACGACUAACGCAGCUGGAAAGCAGAACCCGCAACCUUGAGAAUUCUGUGGAUGGUUUGAAGGUGUCUGUUGAAAACAAUAAUGGAAGCACCGAUGGAAGAAUGAGGCAGUUGGAGAAUAUUCUUAGAGAGGUGCAAUCUGGGGUACAGGAUUUGAAGGAUAAACAAAUAGUAGUUGAUGCUCAACUGCAGAUGGCAAAGCUACACAUGUCCAAGGCAGACCAACAAUCAGAAACCCAGAAUACUGUGCAAUUGGAUUCUGUGCAGCAUGCUGCAUCUGCUCCUCAGCAAUCCUACCAACAGCUUCCUCCUCCUCCUCCUCCUCCUAAUAUAUCACAAUCACUUCCUGCCCUCCCUCCACCGAAUGCUCCUCCUCAAUCUUCUCCCCAACAGAAUCUGCCGCCUUCUGUUCAGCUUCCUCCCCAAUUCCUUCCAAACCAGAUCCCUUCUAUUCCUCAGCGUGAGCCUUACUUCCCACCACCUGGUCCAGCUCUAGAAGCCCCUAAUCAGCAAUAUCAAUCAUCUCUAAGUCAGCAGCCGCAUCCUCCUCCUGCAGCACCACCGCAUCAACCAUUUCAACAGACUCCUCUACCACAGUACUCUCAGCCACCUUCCCAGCUGCCUCAGCAGCACCCAUCUCUUGCACCCGUUAACCCUAGUCAACUCCAACCUUCAUUAGGCCAUCAUGCUGAAGAGGCACCUUAUCCUCCUCAGACCUACCCACCAAGCCUCCGCCAGCCACCCAGUGGACCCCCUCCCCCACAACAACAGUUUUAUGGGGCACCCCCCCAAAUGUAUGAGCCAACACCCAACAGAUCCAGUUCAGGUUUUUCUUCUGGAUAUGGUCCACCAUCUGGGCCUAGUGAACCAUACCAUUAUGGUGGGAAUCCUCAGUUUGGUGGUAGUACUGCAGUGAAACCACAACUCUCGUCUUCUGCUAUGGCUCAGACUGGUGGAAGUGGUUACCCACAGCUUCCAACUGCUCGGGUACUACCGCAAGCAUUGCCUACUGCUUCUGGGGUUGGUGGUGGUUCAGGUUCUCCAGGAACCGGGAAUAGGGUUCCCCUCGAUGAUGUGAUUGACAAAGUGACAAAUAUGGGAUUCCCAAGAGACCAUGUGAGGGCAACAGUUCGAAAGCUUACAGAAAAUGGCCAGUCGGUUGAUCUGAAUGUAGUGCUGGAUAAGCUGAUGAAUGACGGGGAAGUCCAGCCCCCAAGAGGUUGGUUUGGUCGGUAGUAGAGGUGUUUUGUUUUGUUUUCUCUCUUUUUCUGUGCUCUAUUGUGUGAGCGUUUGUGUAAGUUUGUGUCAAUUUUAUUUGUGUAUACUGAAUAAUUGAAAGUGGAUUAAUGAGUUUUUCAAAUAUUUGAA